CGCGCGGGCGGGGCGCCUGCGGGAGCGCGUCCGUCACAAGAUGGCGGCGGCCAUGCGAGGCUCCAGGAUAGUGUGUGCGCAGCGGGCGGCGGUGCGGCCCGGGGGACAGACGCGGCGACGGCGCUAACGCUGCCUCGGCCCCUCUUCGUGGCCGCCACUUCUGCCUCCGCCGCCUCGCACAAGAUGGAUCUGCCCAUGGGCCCCGGCGCGGCGGGGCCCAGCAACGUCCCGGCCUUCCUGACCAAGCUCUGGACCCUCGUGAGCGACCCGGACACCGACGCACUCAUCUGCUGGAGCCCGAGUGGGAACAGCUUCCAUGUGUUUGACCAAGGCCAGUUCGCCAAGGAGGUGCUGCCCAAGUACUUCAAGCACAACAACAUGGCCAGCUUCGUGCGGCAGCUCAACAUGUACGGCUUCCGGAAGGUGGUCCACAUUGAGCAGGGAGGCCUGGUCAAACCUGAGAGGGAUGACACUGAGUUCCAGCACCCAUGCUUCCUGCGUGGCCAGGAGCAGCUCCUUGAGAACAUCAAGAGGAAAGUGACCAGCGUGUCCACACUGAAGAGUGAAGACAUAAAGAUCCGACAGGAUAGCGUCACCAAGCUACUGACAGAUGUGCAACUGAUGAAAGGGAAGCAAGAGUGCAUGGACUCCAAGCUCCUGGCCAUGAAGCAUGAGAAUGAAGCCCUGUGGCGAGAGGUGGCCAGCCUGCGGCAGAAGCAUGCCCAACAACAGAAAGUCGUCAACAAGCUCAUUCAGUUCCUGAUCUCGCUGGUGCAGUCGAACCGGAUCCUGGGGGUGAAGAGAAAGAUCCCGCUGAUGUUGAGUGACAGCAGCUCAGCACACUCAGUGCCCAAGUAUGGCAGACAGUACUCCCUGGAGCAUGUGCAUGGUCCAGGCCCAUACUCGCCCCUGCUUCUGUUGCAGGCUCCAUCUCCAGCCUACAGCAGCUCCAGUCUCUAUACCCCAGAUGUUGUUACCAGCUCUGGACCUAUAAUCUCCGACAUCACUGAGCUUGCUCCCACCAGCCCUUUGGCCUCCCCAGGCAGGAGCAGAGAUGAGAGGCCCCUGUCCGGCAGCCCCCUGGUUCGUGUCAAGGAGGAACCCCCCAGUCCACCUCGGAGCCCCCGGGUGGAGGAGGCGAGUCCCAGGCAUCCGUCCUCUGUGGACACCCCCUUGUCCCCGACUGCCCUCAUCGACUCCAUCCUGCGGGAGAGUGAGCCUGCCCCUGCCUCAGCCACAGCCCCCACUGAUGCUGGAGGCCGCGCCCCCUCAUCCCCACCCACCUCGGCCCCCGAGAAGUGCCUCAGCGUAGCCUGCUUGGACAAUUUGGCUCGCGCUCCACAGAUGUCUGGGGUUGCCCGCCUCUUCCCCUGCCCCUCCUCUUCCUUUCUGCAUGGCCGAGUCCAGCCAGGGAAUGAGCUCAGUGACCACUUGGAUGCUAUGGACUCCAACCUGGACAACCUGCAGACCAUGCUGACCAGCCAUGGCUUCAGCGUGGAUACCAGCGCCCUGCUGGACCUGUUCAGCCCCUCCGUGACCAUGCCCGACAUGAGCCUGCCUGACCUUGACAGCAGCCUGGCCAGCAUACAGGAGCUCCUGUCUCCCCAGGAGCCCCCCAGGCCUCUUGAGGCAGAGAACAACAGCCCUGACUCAGGGAAGCAGCUGGUGCAGUACACAGCACAGCCUCUGUUCCUGCUGGACCCGGACGCUGUGGACACGGGGAGCAGUGACCUACCUGUGCUCUUCGAGCUAGGGGAGGGCUCCUACUUCUCCGAGGGAGACGACUACACAGAUGAUCCCACCAUUUCCCUGCUGACGGGCUCUGAGCCCCCCAAAGCCAAGGACCCUACUGUCUCUUAGAGAUCCCAGGAGGAACUGGGCUGGCCUUUGGCCUGCUUCUACCCCAAGGACAGGUUUUGGGGAGGCAGGACACACACGUGGUCCUGGGCACCCUGGGUCAGCUUCAAUAGCCCCAUUUGGGAAGAGGGGCUCAGGGCUGAACAGCACCUCCAGUCCAGCGUGAGGGCCCUUGGGCCUGCACACCUGCUGCCUUCGCCCAGCCCCGCAUCCCCAAGGCUUGGUUGGGGCUUCACAACCACGCUUGGACUGAUUCUGCAGGUUCAUAGAAUUGUAUUUUGGAUUUUUACAAGAGGGUUCCCCUCUCCCCUUCACAGAGAAAUAUAUACACACAGAUGGACAGACAGACGGACAGACAAGACGAGCAGAGAUCUAUAAACUGACAAGCUCUA